AUGAGCAAUAAUCUUUAUUCAUUAUGCAAGGAAAUUUUCCCUCCUUCAGGAAUCGACUAUGCUGUAUCUGCAAGGUUUCUGACUCCAGAUGCUCGCAACGUUGUCAUUGCUCGAGGAUCGUUGUUACAAGUGUUUAAAGUUAUAGAAAGGGACACUACUGUGGCUUUUAGUAGUUCUUUAAACAAUUUAAAUUCAACAGAUCUUGACACUAAUGGAGAUCAAGCCAAGACGACUAAAGAUCAGGAUAUUCCUCCCAAAGCUGCCUGUCUGGAGUUGGCUGCGCAAUUCAGAGUUCAUGGAAAUAUCACAUCGUUGGGUGUGGUUCCAAUGAACUAUUCUGGAAAGGCUGAUGCGCUUUUGUUGAGUUUCAAGGAGGCCAAGAUGUCAUUGGUGGAAUACUCACAGUUUACUCAAAAACUAGUAACAGUAUCCAUGCACUAUUUUGAACGCGAAGAGUUUAAGAAACUAGGCUCUAUUGACAGACCACCGCCAGAAAUCAAAGUUGAUCCUCAAGGCUAUUGUGCUGCCAUGAGAAUUUAUGGAGACAGGCUUGCCAUUCUCCCGUUUAAACAAGAUGGUGCAGAUCUGCUUAAUGAUCUUAAUGACGCGAACAGCAAAUAUCCAUUUCGUCCAAGCAUUGUACUACCGUUUCUUGAUUUGGACAAGUCUAUUCGAAACAUUAUUGACUUUACUUUUCUUUUUGGAUACGCUGUGCCUACAAUUGCUAUUAUGUAUCAAACAGAACAAACUUGGACCGCUCGUCUAGGUAUCCGUAAAGACACAGUUUCAAUUGCAGUUAUUUCUCUAGAUACUGCUGAAGAAAGUUAUCCUGUUCUUUACAAAAUUGAAAAGCUUCCUUAUAAUUGCACAAUGCUCGUCUCUGUCCCGACUCCUAUUGGAGGUCUUAUUGUUCUUUCUCACAAUGCGAUUAUUUUCACAGAUCAAAUUCAUGCUCCAGGAAUAGCAUGCAUUGUAAAUGCUUAUUUUGACAGCGAAACAAACAUCAUGCUAACACCGUACGAGCUUCAGCUUGACAUGGUGCAGCCUCGACCACCAAGACCCCCAUCCGUGUUUUUUGCACAGAACAAAUAUACGGAUUACAAAGAGCUGGCCAUCUCUCUUGACGGAAGUCGUGGAAUGUUUAUCAGUCCAGAUAUAUUUUUACUGGUGCUUCGUGACGGUGAAAUGAUUCAAGUAGAUUUGAUAGGUGAGGAGGGUGUUGGCAGAUCUUGGAAGCGGCGAAAAGGCGGAGUCAAGAGUUUUCAAUUGACUCGGCUCGGCAUUCGUAUGACUGCUCCAGUUCAUCUUUUUCCUUUGGCCGAUGCCUCAAAUCCGCUUUCACUUUCUGGCCGAAAUAGUUCUGUCCCACUUGGUGGCUCUUUUUUAGGAUCGCGAGGAUCAAAGCUACGCUAUAAUUAUCUGUUUGCCUCAUCACGAACAACCGAUGCUUGUCUUUUGCAGUUUGUUGAAGUAGAAGAAUUUGCCAAAAGCAGUGUGUCUAUGAAUGGUGCUGCUAAUAUGAACAACACUGACAACGGCGAGGACGAUGAAUUAGACAAAGAUCUAUAUGGUGACUCGACUACCGCAAAGCAAACAGAUACUGACAUGUCUGCACUUCUAAGCUCAGACGAGCAUGGUCAUGGUGAAAUAGUUUCCGAGCAAACACUUCGAUUUCGACUAUGCGAUUCGGUUACUGUAGUGAGCCCUCUUCGUGACUUUGCUGUUGGACUACCAGCCGAGACUUCUGAGCAUAGAUUUUCACCAAAAAUAGGUGGAUGCGACUUGGAAAUUGUUGCUGCAACAGGCCAUGGGCCUCAUGGUCAUCUUGCAAUUUUAAAUCGCAGUGUACGACCACAGAUUGUAACAACAUUUGAACUUCCACAAAUUGAAGAAAUGUGGACUAUUCGAUGUGCCAAGUUUGACAAGGAUUAUCGUCUAGUUUCAGAGCCUACUGAUGCGUUCCAUAAAUAUGUUAUACUAUCGCAUAGUAGUGGUACUUCUAUUUUAAAAGCUGGCGAGGCAUUUACAGAAAUGGACGAUACUACGUUUUAUCAAGCCGGACCAACUGUCGGUGUCGGCGCACUUCUUGAUGAAACCAUUAUUGUUCAAGUUCAUCCAAAUGGCGUUAUUCUUUUUGAUUUUAGCAAAUAUGAUUUUACUAUCAUUGAUCGAUUGAAUACUAAUCGAAUGCAUGCAUUGUAUAUUUUUGUAGAAGGGACAAAACUUCAAGAAAUGCGAGUUGGAGAUGAUGAUAUUUGGGUAAUCUCCUGUUCAUUUAUGGAUCCCUACGCUAUGCUUCUUAUGAAUACUGGGCAUAUUGUACUGCUUUCAUUAGAUGAAACAACACAUCAAAUUACGCAGAUAUCAGAAUACAAGAAGCGACUUGUGAGUACCUUUUCACUGUACUGUGAUCCAACAGGAGGUACAUUACUGCCAACAAACGAAUUGGCAAGUGUAUCACAUGCAAGUCUACUCACUAGCGUAGCUCAAAGACCGUUUUUUAAAUCAAGCAGUAGUGCCAGUAAACGGCUUUCUCAACCAGAUCAUUCUGCAAUGAAUCUUGAUGAUGACGCAGAUCUAUACGGAACUAGUCACUCUCAUAAUAAGAAUACUAAUGUGGCUGAUAUUGAGAUGGAUGAUAUCUAUGGCGACAGCGAUCAGCAAAUUUCAAAUGCCAACACAUCAAGUAGUGCGGCUGAUAAAGACAUGAUGUCUGACACUUUCCCCGAUGCCAAUGAUUUUGCGAAGCGUAGUUCCCAAAACUCAACAAAGCCCUCUCCAACAUAUUGGUGUUUUGUUUACACAGAUACUGGCCAUCUUUUAGUUUACACACUCCCAGAUUUUAAAGAAUGCUGUGCAUUUCCACUAUUUAGCACGCUGCCUGUUUUAGCCAUGGAUGUUCCGCUUUGGCGAUCGCGAAGUAUUGACUCUACAUUUGCAAACACAACAGGUGACGAAUUUGAAGAGAUUUUAGUUGUCAAUCUUGGAAAUAGCAAAGAUAGACAAACUCCGUAUCUUGUUUGUCUUGCAGCAAACGGAGAUUUGGCAGUGUAUAAAAUAUUUGUAUGUCCGACAAGCAGUAAUGAUGACGAUACAUCCUUUGUCAACUCUGGCACAUUCAAGCAAUCUAGAACACCAGCUGAGCUAGAAUUGGAUGCACAGAAUCUCAAAAAACGACUAGCGAUUCGGCUUGUUCGAAUCCCGCACGAUCAGAUCACUCGAGAUUUGCAAUUUUAUACUGAUAACGAAGGCGACAAAAUUGAUUUGGUUCAAGAACCCCAACAUCAGCCUACGUUUUUAAAACGCCAGCAUCUUAAGCCAUUUGAUGCCAUUGGAUGGAGCGGCGGUAACAUGUAUUCUGGCGUUGUUGUCACUGGGUCACGGCCAUGCUGGAUUAUGGUUGCUCUUCAAAGUCGACAACAAGAUCUAGAUGUCAUUUCAUUUGACAAUUCAGUGGCAUGCUCCACUAAGCUUCCUCCAGUACCAUUGUUGGGUACCAAUAUGUUGCGGUUUCAUCCUAUGCCUGUAGAUGGUCCCAUGAAGUGCUUUGCUCCGUUACAUAAUGUCAACGUGGCACAUGGAUUCUUGUAUAUCAAUUGGAAAGGUCUGUUUCGAAUCUGUCAACUUCCACCUCAGUUUAAUUUUGAUCACGACUGGCCCGUGUGUAAAGUCCCCAUUCACAAAACUGUUCAUAAAGUGGCAUACCAUUAUUCUUCACAAACAUACGCAAUUGCUACGUCUACCCCUGAGCGAUUUGAUAUUCCACAUGCUCAAUAUGCAUCUGCUGUUGCAGCAGCUGUUAUUGACGAAGGUGACGAAAUGCCUGAUGCAGAGCGAAAGGUUACUGGUAUUCGAGAACUUUCUGAAAUAAAACCUGGAAUGUAUGAAGCAACUGUGGAUCGGUACAAGAUUGAACUUGUGUCUUCUGUGACAUGGGAAACUGUGGAUUCUAUUGAACUAUCAGAAGCGGAGACUGUUAUGGCUUUGGAAGCUGUCGAUCUUUCCAGCAAGGAAACGAUAUCGGGAAAGAAACUCUACUUGGCAAUUGGAACAGGAUAUUCGCGCGGAGAAGAUUUAUCUAGUCGUGGAAAAUUGCAUUUGUAUGAUGUCAUUGAGGUUGUACCAGAUCCCAACAAUCCUCAAACGAAUCGCAAGUUUAAACAUGUUGAUUCAGAAGAUGAUCGCUCGCCAUUUUCAGCCAUCUGUACUGUCAAUGAUUAUUUGCUAGCUGCCAUUGGUCCCAAAAUCAUCAUGUAUCAACUUGAAGAUGGUGAAAUCACAGGCGUGGCCUUUUUAGACGUCAAUGUAUUUGUCACAUCGCUUAGCUCUGUCAAGAAUUUAAUUCAGAUCUGCGAUAUUCAAAAAAGCGUAUGGUUUGUGGCAUUUCAAGAGGAACCAGCCAAGCUGGCCGUGCUUGGGCGUGAUGUUCAUCCUUUACAAGGCUAUGCCGCCAAUAUGCUGAUUGAUGAUAAUCAGCUUGCGCUUUUAGUUGCGGAUGGUGACAAGAAUCUUCACACUAUGAUUUACGCACCAGAUAAUGUCCAGUCUCUUGGUGGUGAGAGGUUGAUCCGUAAGGGUGAAAUACACCUUGGUCAGCAUGUUUCAAAAUUUAUCAGAAUGCGACGCAAGCCUCUUUUGCGUAAUGAUGCCAUUGUUUUUUCUAAACAAUAUUUAAACGUGGCAGCUACAUUAGAUGGAGCACUGGAGAUUAUAACCCCUGUUUCAGAACGAAUUUUUAAACGAUUAUAUGGCUUGUAUUCUCGCAUGGUAACUAGUAUUGAGCAUAUUGCAGGCUUGAAUCCGCGAGGUUUCAGACAAGCUCAACAUCGUGUGAGACCUAUUACACUUUCUGGGUUUAUUGGACCUCCGGGCCCGCGUGGUAUUCUUGAUGGAGAUCUUCUUUACGAGUAUGUAAGACUAUCACGUACGCAGCAACGCGGCCUUGCUAAAGCCAUUGGAUCAAAGGAUGAUCGUCUCAUGGACGAUUUACUUGAAGUUCUAACCGGGUUAGAUUUUUUUUAG